CUAUGUGACUGCACAGAAUACAGCAGGGCUACACACAUCUCAAAUAUGUUGUCUUCCUGCCAGAGCCUUCCUGUUUACAUGGGGGGAAAUGACUCAGUUUUCCUGUAGACUUAUAUUGUUUGUGUGACUCAGUGCUUUCACUUUCUGUUGAGGAGCUACUCUUGCAGUCAUUAGAAUCAUUUUUUGUGUCUUCAUUGACAAUUGAGGAGGUAUUGAGAGACAACUCUUCUGGACACGGAGAGGAGAUAGCAAAAGGAACUCUUUGGUCGAAGCACUCUGACUUAUAGACAACACAAUGAGCGUAACAGAUGCACUGAGAAAGGCAUUGGAUAACAUCAGCAAUGAGAAUUUCAAGAGGUUCAAGCAUCAUGCAAUGGAAGAAUGCAAGAUUAGUCGCGUCAAACUUGAGGAAGCUGACCGUGAUGACACAAUAAAUGUCAUAAUACAAAAUUGUACUGAAAACCGUGCUGGUCAGAUUUUCAUUGAAAUCUUAAGCAAAAUGUGUCUGAACCAAAAUGCUGAAGAGUUGAUGAAGGAACUCUCACAACAUUCGAGUACAGCUCGGCAUGGAGAUGUUAUGAAUACUACAACCACCAGAGCAUCAGCAGCAACUGCCUGUCAGGAUGGAGAAGAGAUCUCUGUUGGACGCUAUGGAGAUGUUAUGAAGAUCGAGACCACUGGAGCAUCAGCAGCAACUGCCCGUCAGGAUGGUAACAAUGAGAUCAUUGGUAAGCCUGCAUCCUUUGAGCUGGCUGAAACAGAUCUAGAGAGGAUGCAUGAGUACAAGGACACCAUCAUAAAGGUUGGACGUGAGACCGGUAUGGAUCCAGCCGUCAUCGCUGGCAUCAUAUCUAGAGCAUCUAGAGCAGGUUCAGAGUAUGUAAUGGUGGAUGGGUGGAAUGCCAAUCAAGAUACUUUUGGACUAAUGCAGAUUGCCAAACAGUGGCACAAACUGAAGGGUGACUGGAACAGUGAGGACCAUAUCAGACAGGGCACAGGCAUCCUCACUUCUUCAGUAAGAGACAUCAAAAAAAGAUACCCUAAAUGGACCAAGGAACAGCAACUUAAAGGUGGGAUUGCUGCUUACUGUGCUGGACCACAGAAUGUCCCCGCUGACUAUGAAAAGGUGGAUGAAAACACUUUUGCGAAGGAUUACUCAAAUGAUGUGGUGGCCAGAGCUCAGUUCUACAGAGAACAAGGCUUCCACCUCUAAACCUGUCGGCUGAACUAACCUUUGUUUGCAGGAGUAAGAAAUAAAAUGAGUUAAGUCUAAGUUUGAGUAUGAGUCUAGUACUUAUAGUAUGCUACAUUUUUCUGAAAGAACAGUUGUUAUGAAAUACUAGAUUAUUGAAUAAAGACAU